AUGUCCAAGUCCGCCGCCGUCCUCUGCCUGCUGGUCGCUGCCUGCAGCGCCGCGCCCUCCACCAGGCACCGUAGGCUCACACCUGUCCUCGACGGCCGCAUCGUGGGCGGUGAGCCGGUGGACAUCUCGCAGUUCCCCUGGCAGGUCUCGCUGCAGGUUUACGAAUCCCAUCAUUGUGGUGGCUCCAUCAUCAGCUCCACGUGGGUCCUGUUGGCAGCGCACUGCCUCAACCGUUUAUUCGCAAGCAUGCUGUCCGUGCGAGUGGUCAGCCUCGGCAACUCGGAGCUCGCUGCAGGCACAGCAGUGACCAUUACGGGUUGGGGCGACCUCUCCUAUGGGGGAAACCACACGGAACAGCUACUGGCGGUCACCACGCACAUCGUUGAGCGGAGUGAGUGUAACGCGGCGUACGGCGGGAGGAUCACGGAGCGCAUGAUCUGCGCCGGCGAAAAGGAGGGCGGCAAGGACUCGUGCCAGGGCGACAGCGGCGGACCCCUGGUGGUGGGAUCCACACAGUAUGGAGUUGUCUCUUGGGGCACAGGAUGUGCAUAUCCCGGCUACCCAGGUGUCUACUCGAAUGUGCCUGCCGUGCGCUCCUGGAUAACCGAAAUAACCGGCGUGUAGGUGACUGUGAGACUUGUGUGUGCCAAGAUUGUAUAGGACUUUACAGCGAGAGGAUGUUUCAUCGUACACACUCGUACAGAAUUGUCGUCCAUACCAGCGUGUCCUCCAGAAUAGAUUCUACUAGAUAUAAUUUUUGUGCUACACA